CAGUGGGUUAGUUUCAUAAGGCUGCCGGAAGCGGCACUGAGGGCGGUACGUCUGUCAUUUACGAGUUUUACAGUGACCAGGUCGGCAUUGCGCAAUUGCGAAAGAAAUGCGCGUACGUGAUGCAACGAUUCACGUGUUUGGCUGCACGUCGGGAACUCGCUUUCUUGGCCUGUCCGUGGAAGAGGAAUAUUGUGGCUAUUAAACACGAUAGCCACUGCCGACCAUGGGGGCAUCAGCAUCAGCGCGUGCGCCCUCAUGCCAGCUGCGCGACCUCUCCAAAGCGCGCGUGGCAUCACCUGCGCAGACCGUCUGCUGGCCAGCACUACAGACUUUAUAGUAAAGAUGCAGACAGGGACACUAAGGACACUGAGCAUCCUGGCAUCACAGUGGUGGGCACCCCGGAUCCCAUCGCGUGGAUCAGGAAUAAGAUUAUCUUGUUUUUAAUUGAAUUGUAUUUUGGCUUGAAGUUCAGUGUGGAGUUUGACAGUGGAGUGAAACAGGCAGCAGUCCAUGUGUCUACUGUGCUCUCCAAAGGCAAGUUUGAUGAAUUAAGGAGUGUAAUGUCGAAAGAGGCUGUUGACAGUGUCAGAAAGAAAUGUAAAACUCUGUCAGAGGCCCAAAAAAGACAUCUAGCCAUUUCCCUCAGUGACAUUAUAUUUCUGCUGCCUGAGGAUGUGUCUGUAUUCUUUGACCAGAGCGGCAGAAAGUUUCUUUACAUCACAAUGAGGCUUUGGUAUCUGUCCAGCGCAGACGUACCUGAGGACCCAGAGAGCACCCGCAUCUUCAGGAUGGACUUAACUGAAGACGAUGGUCCUCAAAAGAAGAUCAUCACAGCUGUGUAUGAGUUUUAUCGUGAGUUGACUGCUGGAGCUGAUCCCGAGUGGAUGGUGACCCGGAUAUGGCACUGGAAGCAACUAGAGUAAAAGACACAGGACCCCUCGCAAUACACUUUACCGGACUAAAAGAAACAUCUUGUUUUCACUUUAUAUUUCGUCCAUCCUGGGUGAUCUGAUCACAAACGGUCAGGUGAUGAACAUCAAUGUUUACAGCUGCUAGUAACUUGUCUCAAAUGACUCUCUUAUGACUGGGUUUCAAAGGGAGGAUCUCUUAAAGUACAAAUGUGACUUGAGUGAUCGGAUCACAGCAUGUUUUGGAUCCAGUCCUGUACUUUAUGUACUGUAGCACUGACCACUUGUGAUCAGAUCACUUAAAAGGAUCUUAAUUUCAGUAUAAACAAGGUCAAAGUAUCACUCCCAUGUUUCUCCAGCAAAGUUACCUUUAGAUCCACAGCAACAGAUUGUGUCCGAGCUCAGAUGGGUCCAGAAAGCACUUGAUAUUUCAAUAAAGAAACCAUCAUAACAGUUA